CUCUCUGCGCAAGGAGAGGGUUUCCUCCGAUCUGAGCGCCUCCGUUGCGGCUGCUGCGGUAUCUUCUUCUUCGAACUGCAACCGCCAAAAAUUUGAAAAAGAAAAAGGAAAGAUCAACCGUGAAGAACUAAUCGGAACUCGAAUCGUUACUCAAUUUGGACGACUGUAAGGAAAAAACCCUAGGCGGUCCGGCGGUUCGCGCGCGGCGGAGUCGGAUCGGCCGCCAUGGAUAUCCGGUUCCCCUUCUCGCCGGCGGAGGUCGCCAAGGUCCGGAUGGUCCAGUUCGGCAUCCUCAGCCCCGACGAGAUCAGGCAAAUGUCCGUGGUGCAGAUUGAGCACGGCGAGACGACGGAGAGGGGCAAGCCGAAGAUUGCCGGGCUCAGCGAUCCUCGACUCGGCACCAUCGACAGGAAAUUGAAGUGCGAGACGUGCACGGCGAACAUGGCCGAGUGCCCCGGGCACUUUGGGCACCUGGAGCUGGCGAAGCCGAUGUUUCAUAUUGGGUUCAUGAAGACCGUGUUGAGCAUCAUGCGCUGCGUCUGCUUCAAUUGCUCCAAAAUACUCACGGAUGAGGAAGACCACAAGUUCAAACAGGCGCUUCGAAUAAGAAAUCCUAAAAAUAAGCUUAAGAAGAUACUAGAUGCGUGUAAAAACAAAUCAAAAUGUGAAGGUGGAGAUGAGAUUGAUGUACAAGGUCAAGGCUCAGAAGAGCCGGUGAAGAAGAGUCGUGGGGGCUGUGGUGCCCAGCAGCCAAAGCUUACAAUUGAAGGAAUGAAAAUGAUAGCGGAGUAUAAGGCCCAGCGGAAGAAAAACGAUGAUCAGGAUCAGCUUCCUGAACCGGUGGAAAGGAAGCAGACACUUUCUGCUGAAAGGGUACUCAGCGUUCUCAAGAGAAUUAGUGAUGAAGACUGUCAGCUGUUAGGCUUGAACCCGAAAUAUGCUCGUCCAGAUUGGAUGAUUUUACAAGUUCUACCUAUUCCUCCGCCUCCUGUGAGGCCCUCUGUGAUGAUGGACACCUCUUCCAGGAGUGAGGAUGAUCUGACGCAUCAAUUGGCAAUGAUUAUAAGACAUAAUGAGAAUCUAAGGCAACAGGAGAGGAAUGGUGCACCAGCACAUAUCAUAUCGGAGUUUGCACAGUUGUUGCAAUUCCACAUCGCUACAUACUUUGACAACGAAUUGCCUGGACAGCCAAGGGCUACCCAAAGGUCUGGGAGACCUAUUAAGUCGAUCUGCAGCAGGCUUAAGGCAAAGGAAGGCCGGAUUAGAGGGAAUCUCAUGGGAAAAAGAGUCGACUUUUCUGCUCGAACAGUCAUUACACCUGAUCCAACUAUUAAUAUUGAUGAACUAGGCGUCCCUUGGAGUAUUGCCUUGAAUCUUACAUAUCCAGAAACCGUGACUCCUUAUAACAUUGAGAGGUUGAAGGAGCUUGUUGAAUAUGGGCCUCAUCCGCCACCUGGUAAAACUGGGGCUAAAUAUAUUAUAAGGGAUGAUGGACAGAGACUUGAUCUCCGCUAUUUGAAGAAAAGUAGCGAUCAUCAUUUGGAACUAGGCUACAAGGUGGAGCGACACUUGAAUGAUGGAGACUUUGUGUUGUUCAAUCGCCAGCCUAGUCUUCAUAAAAUGUCUAUAAUGGGUCACAGAAUCAAAAUCAUGCCAUACUCGACUUUCCGUCUAAAUUUAUCUGUAACUUCACCAUACAAUGCUGAUUUUGAUGGAGAUGAAAUGAACAUGCACGUGCCUCAGUCUUUUGAAACCAGAGCAGAAGUUUUGGAGCUGAUGAUGGUGCCUAAGUGUAUUGUUUCGCCUCAAUCUAAUAGACCAGUGAUGGGAAUUGUCCAGGAUACACUCCUAGGUUGUCGUAAAAUCACAAAGAGGGAUACUUUUAUUGAGAAGGAUGUUUUUAUGAAUGUCUUGAUGUGGUGGGAGGAUUUUGAUGGGAAAGUUCCCACUCCUGCAAUUUUGAAGCCCAGGCCUCUUUGGACAGGAAAGCAAGUGUUCAAUCUCAUCAUACCCAAGCAGAUCAAUCUCCUGAGAAAUGCCGCAUGGCACUCAGAGACUGAAACAGGAUUUAUAACUCCAGGAGAUACCCAAGUUCGAAUUGAGAAGGGGGAGUUACUUGCGGGAACUCUUUGCAAGAAGGCACUUGGGACAUCUACGGGAAGUCUCAUACAUGUCAUCUGGGAAGAGGUUGGCCCGGAUGCAGCCCGGAAAUUCUUGGGACAUACUCAGUGGCUUGUCAACUAUUGGCUUUUGCAGAAUGGCUUCAGCAUUGGUAUUGGAGACACAAUCGCUGAUGCAGCAACAAUGGAAAAAAUUAAUGAGACCAUUUCUUCAGCUAAAGAUGAAGUGAAAAGGCUUAUAAAAGAUGCUCAGGAGAAAAAGUUAGAGCCUGAACCCGGACGAACGAUGAUGGAAUCCUUUGAAAACAAAGUGAAUCAGGUGUUGAACAAGGCUCGUGAUGAUGCUGGAAGUAGUGCCCAAAAGAGUUUAUCUGAGAGUAACAAUCUCAAAGCAAUGGUUACUGCUGGAUCUAAGGGAAGUUUUAUCAAUAUUUCUCAGAUGACUGCUUGUGUUGGUCAGCAGAAUGUUGAGGGUAAGCGGAUCCCAUUUGGAUUCAUAGAUCGAACCCUGCCCCAUUUCACAAAAGAUGAUUAUGGGCCAGAAAGUCGUGGAUUUGUCGAGAACUCCUAUCUUCGUGGGUUGACUCCACAGGAGUUCUUUUUCCAUGCUAUGGGUGGUAGGGAAGGUCUGAUUGAUACUGCUGUCAAGACUUCUGAGACUGGAUAUAUCCAGAGGCGAUUAGUGAAGGCUAUGGAGGAUAUUAUGGUCAAAUAUGAUGGAACAGUUAGGAACUCUUUGGGAGAUGUUAUACAGUUUUUGUAUGGUGAAGAUGGUAUGGAUUCUGUCUGGAUUGAAUCGCAGAAACUGGAUUCUUUGAAAAUGAAGAAGUCAGAAUUUGAUAGAGUUUUCAGAUAUGAGAUAGAUGAUGAGAACUGGAACCCUGAUUACAUGUUGCCUGAAAACGCUGAGGAUCUGAGAUCGAUUGGAGAAUUGAGAGAUGUCUUUGAUGCUGAAGUUCAAAAACUUGAAGCUGAUAGAUUCCAGCUUGGAACAGAGAUUGCAACUACAGGUGAUAAUACUUGGCCAUUACCUGUCAACCUCAAGAGGCUUAUUUGGAAUGCCCAGAAGACUUUUAAAAUCGACUUAAGGAGGCCUUCGGAUAUUCACCCCGUGGAGGUUGUGGAGGCUAUCGAUAAGCUUCAAGAGAGGCUUAAGGUUGUUCCCGGUGAGGAUCCGUUGAGUGUUGAAGCUCAAAAGAAUGCAACUCUCUUUUUCAAUAUCUUACUUCGCAGCACUUUUGCCAGCAAGAGAGUGUUGAAGGAGUAUAGGCUUACUCGUGAAGCUUUUGACUGGGUGAUUGGUGAGAUUGAAUCGCGUUUCUUGCAAUCAUUAGUGGCUCCAGGGGAAAUGAUUGGUUGUGUUGCUGCACAAUCUAUUGGUGAGCCUGCCACUCAGAUGACUCUCAAUACCUUCCACUAUGCUGGUGUGAGUGCGAAGAACGUCACUCUUGGUGUUCCUAGGUUGAGAGAAAUCAUUAACGUUGCCAAAAAAAUCAAGACGCCCUCCCUCUCUGUCUAUCUGAAACCUGAGGUAAGCAAGACAAAGGAAAGUGCCAAGAGUGUUCAAUGUGCUUUGGAGUACACUACUCUCCGCAGUGUAACUCAAGCCACUGAAGUAUGGUAUGAUCCAGACCCUACGAGCACAUUGAUUGACGAGGAUGUUGAUUUUGUCAAAUCUUACUAUGAAAUGCCGGAUGAAGAGAUCGCCCCUGAAAAGAUUUCUCCUUGGUUGCUUCGGAUAGAGUUGAAUCGGGAAAUGAUGGUGGAUAAGAAGCUCAGCAUGGCUGAUAUUGCGGGGAAGAUCAAUCUGGAGUUUGAUGAUGAUUUGAACUGUAUAUUCAAUGAUGACAAUGCCGAUAAGCUCAUUCUUCGCAUUCGUAUCAUGAAUGAUGAAGCUCCGAAAGGGGAGCUCAAUGAUGAAUCUGCAGAAGAUGAUGUCUUCUUGAAGAAGAUUGAGAGCAACAUGCUCACAGAAAUGGCUCUUCGAGGGAUCCCAGAUAUUAACAAGGUGUUUAUCAAGAAUGGCAAAGUAAACAAAUUCAAUGAGAAUGAUGGCUUCAAGCCAGAAACUGAGUGGAUGUUAGAUACUGAAGGCGUUAACCUAUUAGCUGUCAUGUGUCAUGAAGGAGUUGAUGCCACUAGGACAACGAGCAAUCAUCUAAUAGAAAUCAUUGAAGUUCUUGGUAUUGAGGCAGUUCGGCGCUCCUUACUGGAUGAACUGCGUGUUGUCAUAUCAUUUGAUGGAUCUUAUGUGAACUAUCGGCAUUUGGCUAUUUUGUGUGAUACCAUGACAUAUCGAGGCCACUUGAUGGCCAUUACACGUCAUGGCAUCAAUCGGAAUGAUACUGGGCCACUGAUGAGAUGCUCAUUUGAAGAAACUGUGGACAUUCUUCUUGAUGCUGCUGUCUAUGCCGAAUCAGAUUAUCUGAGGGGUGUUACGGAGAACAUUAUGUUGGGUCAGCUUGCACCCAUUGGCACAGGAGACUGUGCAUUGUACCUCAAUGAUGAGAUGUUGAAGCAUGCCAUCGAACUUCAGCUGCCCAGUUAUAUGGAUGGUCUUGAUUUUGGCAUGACGCCUGCACGUUCACCAAUCUCUGGAACUCCUUACCAUGAGGGUAUGAUGUCUCCAAGUUAUUUGCUGAGCCCAAACCUCCGGCUCUCUCCAACUACAGAUGCUCAGUUUUCUCCCUAUGUUGGUGGUAUGGCCUUCUCGCCUGCUUCAUCUCCGGGAUACAGUCCAUCAUCACCAGGAUACAGUCCAUCAUCACCAGGAUACAGCCCGACGUCACCUGGUUACAGCCCCACGUCACCUGGUUACAGCCCCACAUCUCCUGGCUACAGCCCCACGUCUCCAACCUACAGUCCCAGUUCUCCUGGUUAUAGCCCAACUAGUCCUGCGUAUUCUCCUACAAGCCCUUCAUAUUCACCCACUUCUCCCAGCUAUAGCCCCACUUCCCCAUCUUAUAGCCCUACUUCCCCAUCUUAUAGCCCUACAUCUCCCAGCUACAGCCCCACUUCGCCAAGUUACAGCCCUACGUCACCUAGUUAUAGUCCAACCUCUCCUGUUUAUAGCCCCACAUCACCUGCGUAUAGCCCCACCUCCCCUGCAUACAGCCCCACCUCACCAUCUUAUAGCCCAACAUCUCCUUCAUACAGCCCAACUUCACCAUCCUACAGCCCAACUUCACCUUCUUACAGUCCUACAUCUCCUUCCUACAGCCCAACUUCGCCCGCUUAUAGCCCCACUUCUCCUGGUUACAGCCCAACAUCACCAAGUUACAGCCCAACUUCACCGAGCUACAGCCCUACUUCUCCGAGUUAUAACCCUCAGUCGGCAAAAUACAGCCCAUCAUUGGCGUACUCGCCAAGCAGUCCAAGAUUGUCACCAUCCAGUCCUUACAGUCCUACAUCUCCAAACUACAGCCCCACAUCGCCGUCGUACUCACCGACUUCUCCGUCAUAUUCUCCAUCAAGCCCAACAUACAGUCCUAGCAGCCCAUACAAUCCUGGUGUCAGCCCAGAUUACAGCCCGAGUUCUCCUCAGUACAGCCCGAGUGCUGGAUAUUCUCCAAGUGCACCUGGAUACUCGCCGACUUCUACCAGCCAGUACACUCCGAGCAACAAGGAUGACAGGAGUAAGAAGGAUGACAGGAGCAGUCGCUGAUGCAAACUAUUGCUAGGAAGCUCGAAAUAGGUGAUGUUUAUUUCCUUAAAUGGAGAAAGCAUCUAGUCGUUGAAUUUUGAUGACGAAGUGGAUAUUGUUGACAGUGAAAACCUUUUUUGGUUCCAUCAGCUAUACGUUGCGGCAAUAUGUAUAUGUAAUUGCAUGGAUUGUGAGUCCAAAGGAAUAGGACGUUUGUCAAAAUGGACAAUACUAUUUCGCUCCUCGUUAGACUCUUUCACCGUUGAGAGUUUGUAUUACAAGAAGAGAACAGCAUCGAGUUCAGUACUAUUACUUGGUUGUCGUAUUGAAUGACAGAAUGUCUUCUUGCAAUA